AUGCCAAGUCUAAUAGUAAGUUCUUUGGUCAUCUUAGAAGGCUUCGUGGGGCAGGAGUUAGAGUUUGUUAUCGACCGAAACGACCCGUCCUGCGUUUACAACAUGGAUCAAAAAAGGCCGCUGGCUCCCUUAUAUACUGGGACUGAGCGUGCGCCAAAGGUUUUAUCCAUUCGACGGAUAAAGAAAGCAAAACAAAGUGUGAUCCUUAUCGUUUGCUGCAACGCUACGGGGACUGAACGUGCGUCCGAGAGAAGCAAAAGAGCCAACAUGCAUUACAGGAAAUUUUUUACUGAUGUGGCACAUACACGUUCCGACUUUUCGCCCGGAGACGUACCGAUCACAAGCUCAUGGGCAUGGAAGCAGCCUUUGGUCAGGAAAGUCAUUGCAACCCUAACGAACUUGUAUAAGGAAUUGAUCAAAGGACAAUUAUGA